AUGGAGGAGAAGAGAGGAGACAUUAGAAUAUAUAUCAUCACAGGCUUUAUCUUUGUUUGCAUUGUUGCUGGUGGAAUUUUUCUUGGUCUCUACAUUUUCCUCCCCGUCGCAGAAUCCAAAUCUUGGUAUCCAAUAGCAGGAAUCGUUCUUGUAGCCAUUCCAUGGGCAUUUUGGUUCUUGAUGUAUAUAUACAGAUGUUGUGCCCCCAAAAAUGUGCAAUCUCAAGAGCGCAGCAACAUGCAUAGAUCUGCAGCUCCAUCUACUACAACCAGGACGACGAAUGAACGAUUAUCUGUUGAGUCCCCAAUCUCUUCUCCUGAUGGUAAACGUCAUGUGCAUUUUGGGGCUGUCGUCGUGUUGGGGACCGGUGACAAGGUAAACAAUGUUGGUGGUGGUGAUGAAGAUGAUGAAGACGACUUGGAAGAAAAUAAUUCAGGCAGGCAACAUGAAGGUAGAGUAACAUUAGAUGAGAAAUCGGAUUUAGUUGCUUCUAGGGAAAGCGAAAUGCCAUUAACUCUUGGAGUCUCAUCUUCCUAA